AUGGCUUCUGCUCCUCGAAAAUUGAAUUUCAUCACGGGUAACAAAAACAAAUUGGCGGAAGUGAGGGCAAUCUUGGGCAGUGUCGUCGAGGUUGAUAACCAGGCUGUCGAUGUGCCCGAAAUACAGGGAACCAUUGAAGAAAUUGCCAAGGAAAAAUGCAGACGUGCAGCAGAGGUGGUUGGGGGGCCUGUCUUGACGGAGGACACGGCUCUUGAGUUUCGCGCGCUGAAGGGCCUGCCGGGUCCAUACAUCAAACAAUUCCUUGAUGCACUAGGUCACGAAGGAUUGAAUAAGUUGCUCGACUCGUUCGAGGACAGGACGGCCGAAGCCGUGUGCACAUUUGCAUUCUGCUCUGGGCCCGGCUCCGAGAUUCUUUUGUUCCAGGGAAGAACAGAGGGUACCAUUGUAAGGCCCAGAGGGCCCACGAACUUUGGUUGGGAUCCAAUCUUCCAAUACGAAACCCACACAUACGCCGAGAUGGAGAAGGAGGAGAAGAACAAAAUCUCUCACAGAUAUAAAGCUCUGGUCAACCUACAGCAGUGGUUGACCAAUGGACAAUCCUAA